AUGACAAACCCAAACAACAACGAGCAAGAGGACCAUCAUCAACAAGAACCAACAGCCUCUUCUUCCGAAGAAGAUUCUAUCGAGUCCUCUCAAUCUGUUCAAAUUAAUACUCUAGUAAUUGAAUAUUUAUUAUUUAGACGUGUUGAUUGUGUGGUUGAUGAAUUGCUAAAAAGCCUUCCCUUCGAUACGGAUUCUCUCACUGUUAAGGUUCGGUUGGUGAUCAAUAUGCUCAAUGAAACCAAACAACAAAUAACCAACGAACAAGAGUUGAAUGAUCGUCUGAGUUUGAUCGAAACCUGUGUAGAAAAGGUGAUUUCUCUCGUUGCUAAUCGACGAGAAGAUUUCGCAUCCAUAUUUGAAAAUGCUUCAUUCACUGUGCAAGCGUACUUGAACAAGCUCAACAAAUGGUGGAAGGGUUUUAAAGAACACAACGACUAUCAAGAAAAGUAUAGUUGUUUUUUGGCCAUUGUCAAGUAUAUCAACGUCUUGGGCAAUUACAUACAAGCACCAAAACUCUAUUCAGUUUUACAUGACUAUGAAACAUUUUGCCAUCAACAACAAGAGCAACAACAAGAACCUAGAUCGGUUGUGGGAAGUGCCAAGAAGAAAUCGAUUGCAUCAUCCUCCUCAACCCCUCACCGUGGAGCCACAACUGAGACCACGAGUCAUGCUUCUGCUAGAAAAACAUCAGUUUCAAAUCUUCCAAUCCACACAGAUUCUCUCGAACAGCAAUUCACUGAACCAUGUACUGCAUUGUCACUUGGAAAUCCUGUUAGAGAGGACACUAAUUUAUUCAUUGCUAAGAGAAAAUCUGAACCUGUACAAAAGAAGCUUCUUACAUUGGCACUAGCAGAUGUUGGAACACCAAAGCAAAAACAACCAAGAAGAUUAAAUGAAAGACACUCUGAUGCUAAGAAAGUUGUGCUUAACAGAGAACUAGCAUCAGAUUCUGAAGAAGAACCACCUCUUAGAGUACCACCUAAGGCAACUGUUAAACAGCAUUUGAAGGCACAACAAUCUCCAUCUAAGAAACCAAAGGGAGAGACAUCAAGAAGUGUGUUCGAAGAAUAUUCAGAUGACGAAGACACUGAACGAGCACUUUUCCACAAACCACCCCAGAAAAGACCAAAGAAAAUCACUAGCUCAAAGCCAAGACAAAAGAAAGUUUUUUGGUCUGAAGAAGAAGUUGACGCCCUGUUGGCUGGAUACAAGAGAUUUGGAGGAAAUUGGGCUAAGAUAUUAGCACACUACAAGAAAAUGUUCAACCCAGUUCGAGAUAGUUUGAGCUUGAGAGACAAGUACAGAAACCUUGUAAAAUACGGCUACAUUGAAGAAGAAUAA